AUGUCAGCCAUGCCUAGUAAAGUAAGGCAUCGUUGCAUCAGUCCAUCUUCACUAACUCGUCCUGAAGUAUGGUCGGAGCGAAUACCUUCGCUUCGUUCCACCAAGACGACUUUCUCUCUUUCGAAAUUCCUUUCAUGGUUAGAGAUACCUUCCAGUGUCAUAAUGCCUCCCUCUACCGAAUCCGAUUUCGAAUCUUCUCCACGGCCCUCAAUCGAGAUAGAAAAGCAAAACCUACUUGAACAAGGCCUUCUCAAACGAGAAUCAAAGCGACGGCCCGUGUUCUCGCAUAUUGGUACUCUCUAUAUUGUCAAUGGCUUCUUGAUCUUCAUGGUGAUUGUGCUCGCACGAGAGUUAUGGAAGAAGCCUGUGGAUCCGUCACUUCAGGUAUACUCUCCCGCCAACGACGUCGUCGAGUAUAUUCCACAGCAGCAUUUCCGGGCUGCGUUAUUUAAUCAAACGGAAUACAUGGGGUUCCCGACAGACGAGACUGACAAGCUAUGGUCCGAUCUAUAUAACUUUGGAAUCUCGACCAUUACCGAAGAUGAGGCCAAGAAGCUACACAGCCCAACUAUUCCAAUCUUCGGCACGAAGAAAUACCUCAUCCAGCUCGAUGUCUGGCACGAGCUUCACUGUCUCAAUGACCUGCGAAAAACACUCUAUCCCGAGCGCUAUACAAUGGACUCGCUGGACAGCCUAAAGUUCCCGAAUGGAACAAUCAACCGUGAUACGGACAUGUUCCGCCACUGGGAUCACUGCAUUGACUCGAUCCGUCAAGCUCUAAUGUGCCAUGCUGACGUAUCUCCCAUUCCCUUCCACAUCAACGUCCCUGCUAGAAAGGGUAUAUUCCCUCGUCUCGCGACCACACAUACUUGUCGGAACUUCACCAAAAUCCAGGAGUGGGCUCGGGAAAGAUUUGCGGGCGAAUGGAGGGUGGAACUUGAGCCCGAGGAGGCUCAAUAUGUCAUUGAUACGGCUGGGUUCUCGCAGGAUCCAGAGGAGGAUAUCCAGUUCCUGUAUGAGCUCUUUCCCGGAGAUAAGUUCUUUAAGUAUUGGAGGGAGCACCCUUACAAUGGAGGUGAUGGAGUAUAA